GGGCCGGGAGGAGGGACCCCCCCUCCAGCCGCCCGCUGCGCCCCGCCGGCCCCCCAUGACCCCGCCCGCCUGCUCCAGCCGGAGCUGGGCUGGUUUUCGGGGGGGGGGUUACGUGUCCCCCCGUCUGUGUUUGUGCUGCCGGCCCGGGGAUACUAAAACCGGCCCCUGCAGCUCGCCCCUGGCCUGGCCUUGGGGGGCUCCCGGGGGGCUCGGGGGCGGGACCGGCCGCUGGUAUUUUUAGCCCCGCGGCGCGUGAUCUCCCGGGAGAGGCGAGGUCCUAGGUCGGACCCAGCCGUGUCCAGUGGCCGUGGUCUGUGGCCCCGGGGGGGCCAUGAACAGCUUCCCGGGACUUCUCUCUGCUGCCCCUGGGGUCACCCUCGGGGAAGCCCCCCAGCCGGAGGCGGCGAUGGCCCCCUUGUCACUUCCUCUGCUGGCCCUCGACAUCGGCCAUGUUAACGAGGGUGGUGUUGCUCCUGCGGAGGGUUGGGAGAAGGUGGCGCUGCCUGGGGGUCGGGGGGGUGAACACGGGGAGCUGGGAAGGCCUGGUGCCCUGUGUGUUUGGGCAGCUGCCUUUCUGUGCCUCAGUUUCUCCAGGAAACAGGCUAACACUGCUUAACUGCGAUGCCCUCCCAAGGCACGUGUGGCUUAGUAGUUCAGGCCAGCCGAGGAGUGGGUCCCGCUCCUGUUGGGAUGGGCACAGCAGAGCUCCUGCAAGGGGGUGAUGUGGGCGAAGCUGUGGAGAGUCGUGCACCGGGUGGCAGCUCUUGCCAGAACAUGCUGGGAGGAAGAGCGAAGGUUUCCCUGAGUGGAGACGGGUCCGGAUGUUUUGGAAUUGCUGCCCAUCUCGGAUGGCUCGCGGGCCGCUGCUGUGAUCUGAUCGUUAGGAAGGGCAGACGCUGCUCGUGGAGGACGCUCUCUCCUGUCACUUUUGGAGGCAGGCCAAGACUCCUGCUAGCUGAGCUUCUCGGCUCCCACGCUGUGGACGGGCCGUGUGCACCCCUGAGGGGAACACAGGGAACAGGAGAGGCCUUUCUAGCCGCUCUGGGGCCAUGGCUGAGUGGCCGGAGCCCAGGGCCGACCCCGACCAGAUGAUCUGGAGCCCUGGCUCCAGCAUGGCUGUGCUCCGGUCCCCCACGGGCUUGGAGGUGAAGCUGGGCUCCCUGGUGACGCUGCUGCUGCUGACCAUCCUGUGCGGCCUAGCUCCGCUCUGCGUCUUCCGGCCCCACAGGAACGGGGCCGGUUCGUUGGACACGCGCAGAAAGGUCCUGAGCCUGGUGAGCUGCUUUGCGGGUGGCGUGUUCCUGGCUACCUGCCUCCUCGAUCUGGUCCCCGACUACCUGGCAAGCAUCAAUGAAGCGCUGGCUGCCCUGAGAGUCACCCUCCAGUUCCCCUUGCAGGAGUUCAUCAUGGCCAUGGGCUUCUUCCUGGUGCUGGUGAUGGAGCAGAUUGUGCUGGCCUACAAGGACCAGUCUGGCUCCCUGGAGGAGACGCGGGCGCUGCUGGGGGCCUCGGCCCAGGACAGCACCAUCCAGUCCCAGCACUGGCAGGAGGGGCCCCUGCACCCUGCCUGGGGCCCAGCCCAGGAGCGCCCCCAUGUGCAUGUCGACUUCAACGCGCACUCAGCCAUCCGCUCCUUCAUCCUGGUCUUCUCGCUCUCUCUGCACUCCGUCUUCGAGGGGCUGGCCGUGGGGCUGCAGGAGGCCAGUGCCAAGGUGCUGGAGAUCUGCCUGGCCCUGCUCAUCCACAAGUGCAUCAUCGCCUUCAGCCUCUCGCUCAAGCUGCUGCAGGGCCGGCUGCGCCCCCGGGCCGUGGUCGGCUGCCUGCUGCUCUUUGCCUUCAUGUCCCCGCUGGGGAUCGGCCUAGGGGUGGCCCUGACGGAGACCUCGGGCGCCCUGCACCAGCUCUCCCGCAGCGUGCUGGAGGGGCUGGCCACCGGCACCUUCAUCUACAUCACCUUCCUGGAGAUUCUGCCGCAUGAACUCAGCUCCUCCGAGCAGAGGAUUCUUAAGAUCAUUCUGCUCCUCGCCGGCUUCGCCCUGGUCACCAGCAUCCUCUUCAUUAAGAUCUGAGCUGCCCGGGGCCCCCACUGCCAGGGACAGACCCCCCCCCCCCCCACCUUGUACCCCUGCCGCCGGCAGCGUGGGAUGGAUCCCAGGAUUUGCGGGGCUGGGACCUGGCCCUGCACUGGAGGAAAUGCUGAGGGUUCCUGCUCUGGUAGGGUGCUGGUUGGUCCCUCUGGGGACCCCCCAUGUGGGGCUGGAAACGGCCCCUGCACCCUGCCUGCUGCCCAGGACCCAUGGACUGAUCCCAGCGCUCCCUGAAUCCAAACCUGCCUGGGGCUCAGGGUAGCUUCCUAGACCCUGGUAUGGCUCCUCCAGGGCCCCAGCCUGGCCACACCAGGGGAGAGUCAGAGGAUGCCUCAAUAUGAGCGCUGCCCCAUAACCCUGCCGCAGAGCCGGGCACUGGUUCUGCAAAGCCCUCGGGAGCAUGUUUGGCUGCGGGGGCAUGGGAGGAUUGUGGUAGUUUCGCUGCCUCCAGCUCCUCUGCAGGGGGGUGGUUGUCAGCUGGCAGCAUUUCCCUCCCCAUCCCCGGGAAGGCCGGGAUGGUGUGUUCCUCUAGCCAGAGCCCCCAGUCCAGGAGAGUGCAGGGUGGGACGGGGCUUGCUGCCCCUGCAGUCUUCCAUGCUCCUGCUCUGCUCGAGCUAUUCCUGGGGUGGGUAUCAGGUUGGGCCUGACCCUUCACCCUGUGCCAGAGGAGCCCUGCAGUGCCAAUGCCUCCUUCCGCUCCCCUCCCACUGCAGUUUUCACCCAAUUGGAGGGCAGUGUGGCCUAGCGGCUAGAGGACUGGACUGGGUCUCAGGAGCCCUGGAGGUCUGUUCCUGGCCGUGCCGUUGGGCAAUCUUGGGCAAAUCACUUCACCCUCUGUGCAAAUCACUUCACCCACUGUGCCUCAGUUUCCCCAUCUGUAACAUGGGGACCAUGAUCCAGACCUUGGUAAUGUGCAACAGCUGCGAAGAGGAGCUGGGAAUGAUGAAUUAUUUUUUUAAGGAAUACAGAGUAAAGACUGAAUCUGUGGCCUAUUUUAUACAUACCGGCCAGUGUCAGUGAGAGCAGUGACAUGGCACUGGUUCAUGCCUGCUGGAGGGCACCAGUUCUUGUACCUGUGGUGGGGGGGAUGCUCCUACAGGAGCAGUGCCGCGGCAAUCCCCAGCAGGCAGCCUGCUCGUACUGGUAUAAAAGUGCCUUAGAGCCAUCCAGCAUGGUCCCUUUCCCAUACUAAGUCUUCCAGUGGAGCUGGGAGCCCAAGGUGCCAGGAGCUGCGCGGACACCGAACAAAAAGAUGGGCCUGCCUCAAAGAGCUUCUGGCAUCUAAAGUGCUCCCAGCUGGUGUGGCAGAUCCGACUUCCUGGGCUGAACGGUCCUGGACUACACGGUUGAAUGGCCUUAACCCCUCCACCUCUGUAAGGCCACAACACUAUUUUUAUAAACAGCCUCUUUCCAGCAGCCUGGGAGGUGGCAGGAAACCCAGACCCAGAGAGUCUAUUUUACUAACUGCCCAUUUCUCCUUCCCACCUUGCUGGUGGAAACAGUUGUUUGGUUAAAAGACUGACAGAGAAACUUUUAGAAUU